AUGACCAAAUCGGACGUCAAGAUCGAGGAGGCCAUCCCUCCUCCGGAUCACGCCUCCAACUACGAUGAGAAGGGAACCGUCGACCGGGCGGGCGCCAUCGAGGCCGAGAAUGCCGAGCACGCAAUGGGAGUGCUCGAGGCAGUCCGGUUGUAUCCCAUGGCUACGCUGUGGGCAUUCAUCAUGUCUUGCACCAUUAUCAUGGAGUCCUACUGCGUUUUCCUCAUGGGCAGUUUCCUUGCCCUGCCCCGGUUCAAGGAGGACUACGGCCUUUUCGACGAACCGUCGGGUCAGUGGGUGGUGGUUACAUCUUGGCAGUCGGCACUUCAGAUGGGUGGACCAAUCGGUGCCAUCAUCGGCGUGUGUCUUGCUGGGCCCCUCACCAGCAAAAUCGGAUAUCGCUGGGCGACCAUCACUGGUCUCAUGGCUCUGAAUGCCUUCAUCUUUGUCUUCUACUUUGCCAACUCUCUCGCUGUCAUGUUCGGUGCUCAACUUCUCGAGGGCGUGCCGUGGGGCAUCUUCAUCGCCAAUGCACCGGCGUACUGCAGUGAAAUCGUGCCUUUGAGACUGCGAGCCCCUGCUACCCAGAUGCUGCAGAUGUUCUGGGCCAUUGGAAGCAUUAUUGUUGGUGGUGUCACCUACCACUACAGUGCCAUGGAUCACGAAAACUCAUACAGAAUCCCCAUUGCCCUUCAAUGGAUGUUCCCUACACCGCUCGCCAUCCUCCUCUUCAUUGCACCCGAGUCGCCUUGGUGGCUGGUCCGAAAGGGACGUCUCGAAGACGCCGCAAAGGCCGUCAGCCGCCUGGGACGCAGAGAUUUGCUCAAUGCUGCCGAAAGCGUCGCCAUGAUUCGUCGUACCAUCGAGCUCGAGAAGACCGAAAAGGAGCCCAACUAUCUGGAGCUGUUCAGGGGCACUGACCUCUACCGUACCUUGAUUGUCUGCGGUGUGUACGCGGCACAGAAUCUUACUGGCAACCUCAUCGCCAACCAGGCCGUCUACUUCUUCGAGCAGGCUGGCAUGGACACCAAGACCGCAUUCGCCCUGGGCCUCAUCACCUCGGCGCUCCAGAUGAUUUUCGUCAUGCUUUCGUGGAUCCUCACAACGUACCUUGGUCGACGUACCAUCUACGUCUGGGGCUCUGGUAUCAAUGUCCUCUUCUUGAUCGCUCUCGGUGUUGCUGGGUCUGUCGGCCUGUCGAAAGCUGCUUCUCUGGCACAAGCCUCAUUGGGUCUCAUCGUCUCAGUCUUGUUCACCUUGGGACCUGCUCCUGCCUCUUGGGUCAUUAUUGGAGAGACAUCGGCCGUUCGUCUUAGACCUUUGACCACCGGUAUCGGACGUGGUGCCUACUACGCCGUGAACAUUCCUUGUAUCUUCCUCUCUAGUUGGAUGCUCAACCCCACAACUGGCGCAAAUCUUGGCGGCAAGUGCGGAUACGUCUGGGGUGGAACUGGCUUCUUCUGCUUUGUUAUGGCGUACUUCUUCCUCCCUGAGAUGAAGGACAGGUCCUACCGUGAGAUUGACAUUCUCUUCAAGCGCAAGGUUCCUGCUCGCCAAUGGACAAAGACCGUUGUCGACAUCAACGAUGACGAGUAG